ACGAGCUUGGAACCCAUCUUGCCCAAGAUACCAUUGACGCGGAUACAGCCCUUUCUGCUGAAGAAGCCCGCCAAGGACUUGCAACUUCAGAUGAAUCUCAUAGCCUUCAUGACAAUAUCCACGACCAGAGUAAUCACGCCGAGGGCUCGUACUUUCCCUCUAUAGAGGAAAAGGGGCAGAAGAAAAAAUUCUCCCCUCGGACUUGCGCUCAACGACUUCCGUUUAAACUUCGCCGCUUAUGGAAUCAUCCACAAGUUCUUCGUGUACGUCUUUGUAUGUCGAAAUUAGCUAGGGAUGCCAAACAUUCAAGCCAUCUACGUCAUGCUCUGAAAAAUGCUGCAGGCGUAGCGCUUCUGAGCACUCCUGCAUUUUUCCCACAAGGUUCAGCAGGCUUGCGUUGGUUUACGCUUGUUCAUGGCCAGUGGAUGAUCAUAAGCUAUGUUUGGGUACUAGAGACUAAUACAGGAGCGACGUGGCGAGUUGGCUAUUUGCGAUUACUCGGAACAAUCAUCGGAGCUGUUUAUGCGUAUAUUAUGUGGUUAAUAUGCCACAGGAACCCAUAUGGGCUUGUGGCGAUGGUAACUGCGGCUGAUAUACCAAUCACCUGGAUUAUCAUUCAUUCGAACAUCCCUUCCCUCGGUGUAGUUGCAUCUGUAACUUUACCUCCAAUAGUACUAUCUCAAUACUUGAGCCUAGCUACGAAUAUCUCCACGCUUGAUCUUGCUGUAUAUAGGGGUGCAAUGAUCGGCAUAGGGAUCGUUGCAGCGCUUCUCAUGAAUAGUCUUGUAUUUCCUAGGCAUAGCAGGGUUUUAUUCUUGAACCACACCAGUCGUUUGCUUGGCUUGCUCAGUCACUUAUACCUGAACUUGAGUCGAGAUUUGUUCCACAACAGUUAUACAGAUAUGCGUCACGACAAACACAAGACUUUGAAGUUGGAGCUGCAGAUUCGUAAUGCAUUACAUCGGUUGUCGUCGCUGAUGGCAUCCAUGCGCGAUGAGCUGAGUCUUGUGCCUAAACCAGUGCACCAUUAUCGACAAGUUGUGCUGAAGUUGCAGAAAGUACUUGACUUGAUGGCUGGUUUGAGGAAGAUUAGAGAAAAGAUACCUCGGAAUAUAACUGUAUUUCCCGUUCUCAAAGAACGACGCGAAUUUGUAUCUUGUGUUUGUAUCUCCUUAUUUGCAUGCGAGCAUGUCUUCAGAGCAAGGCAGCCUCUCCCUCAGUUCCUUCCUUCGUCGAGACAAGCUCUAGACGUCUUAACUAACCAAAUCGAGUCUCGAAUACAACACGCACUAGAAGAAGACAAAUCGCUCGUGGGCGUGUCUCUUGCAUAUUCGCUUGCGGAGGUGGAACUCAUGAAGGAUAUGGUAGACACAAUAGAAGAUUUGUUAGAGCUGUGCCGACAGUUGUUUGGGACAUCGACGUGGCUGACACAGAGCUGGUCGGGGGUAUAUACCGACGAUGGACCCGGAACACCAGGGGACAGUUGGUAUGGGGCGUUGGGUAGAGACAAUGGUGUUAUGCGAGCACAACAUAUAUUUGCGAGUUAGAUUUAGUGUACGAUGCUAUUAUAUUCAUGUCUGGUAAUCUGUCGAAAUAUAUA